UUUGUUUGUACCAGUGAUCACUGUGGCAAGGCUUUCAAGCGAUCUGAACACCUCAAGCGUCACAUUCGAUCUAUUCACACGCAGGAAAAACCCUUUGAAUGUCCUUAUCAGGCCUGUGGCAAGCGAUUUUCCCGAUCCGACAAUCUCAACCAGCAUAUUCGCAUCCAU